UAGGGUUGGCCAAGCAGAUCCGGGUUGACUCAUCAAGUACAAAGGAAGUCUUGCACUACUCAGGUUCCAUUGGGGAAUAGUCGAAACUAUAGCAAGAUCGGACUCUCGUCUGCCGCGGGCGGCAAGCAGCUCAUUCUUCUCCCUUCUGGCUCUAGCAGACUGAUCUGCAUGAAACUGCAGGACUUCUCGUGUUCUACAAGCUCGAGUUACACAAGGUAGAAAGGUUGAGUGGCAGAGGACACGGAAGUUACCAGUUAAAAGUACAUCUGUAAGGCUUCCUAUUUCUGUGUAAAGAAAAAUACAUGCUGUAGUCUUGCCCGACAGGAAUUUCGCACAAUCAACCAUAUCAUGGAGAAAGAAUCACAGAGUAUAUUUGAUGAGCCAAAGAAGAUAUCGCUCAAAUUGUUAGAAGAAAUAACAAAUGGUUUCGCUGAGGAUGCGAAACUUAGCAGUGGUACGUUUGGUGAAGUUUACAAGGCAGCCUUUAAAGAUGGAACAGAGAUUGCUGUGAACAAGCUCCGUUUGAUGCCUGGGAUUGAAGAGAGGCGGUUUGAAAGUGAAAUUGGACAUCUCAUGAAGCUCAAGCAUGAAAAUAUCACACAAAUAGUGGGCUUCUGUGAUGAGGAGGAGGAAGUACUUAGUACAUACAAAGGAAAACCAGUAGCUGCUUUAAAGAUACACAGGGCAGUCUGCCUCGAGUUCGUGCCCAGAGGAACCCUUUGCAAGCUUCUUUCUGAAAACUAUUUUGGACUCAACUGGCAUGUGCGCUUCAAAAUAAUAAAGGGGAUCUGCGAGGGUCUAAACUACCUUCACGAUAUUUCCAUUGAGCAUUUUGAUCUAAACCUAAAUAACAUAUUUGUAGACAAUAAAAUGGUGCCGAAAAUAUCAGAAUUUGGUUUACGAAGGCUAGUGAGCGAAGAAUCUCAUUUAGGGAACCUGGAAUCCUCUCCAGCAGAAUCCAUGGACACGAAAAUAAUCUCAAAGAAGUAUGAUAUUUUUAGCUUGGGUGUUAUAAUAAAAAAGAUAGUGAUUUCUGGAGUACUGGACUAUAUGACCAUUCCUGACAUGGAGGACAAGGCAUUUAUUGAGCAUGUACAAGACUCCUGGAGGAAAAGCUUACAGGAGAUAUCGAGUUAUACAUCACUUGAAGCGUAUUGCAAACAGGUGCAGACUUGUAUUGAGAUCGCGGUGGUCUGCAUGGAGACGGAUAGAUACAAAAGGCCUACGAUGAAGGAUAUUAUUUGUAGACUAAACAAGGUAGAAACUUCAGAAGAUGACUUGUGGUCUCAGAUAGAACAGGAAUUUUGCGUGAAAAUCAACAUCAUGGAGAAAGAAUCACACAGUAUAUCUAAUGAGCCGAAGAAGAUACCAUUCAAAUUGUUAGAAGAGGUAACAAAUGGUUUCUCCGAUGAGGCAAAACUUGGCAGUGGUUCAUUUGGUGAAGUUUACAAGGGGGUGCUUAAAGAUGGAACAAAGAUUGCUGUGAAGAAGCUCCGUUUCAUGCCAGGGAUUGACGAGAUGCAAUUUGCAAAUGAACUUGGACACCUUAAGAAGCUCAAUCAUCAAAAUAUUGUAAAAAUUGUGGGUUUCUGCGACGAAACCAAGGAAGUAGUAGUACCGUACAAUGGAAUGUUAGUAGUUGCUUCAGAGAUACACAGGGCACUUUGCCUCGAGUUUGUGCCCAACGGAAGCCUUGGCAAGCUUAUUUCUGAAAAAUUCUCUGGACUUAACUGGCAUGCGCGUUUCAAAAUAAUUAAGGGGAUAUGUGAGGGUUUAAAGUACCUUCAUGAUGUCUCCAUCAUGCAUUUUGAUCUAAAGCCAGAUAAUAUAUUGUUAGAUGAUAAUAUGGUGCCGAAAAUAGCUGAUUUCGGUAUAUCCAGGAUUGUUGGCGAAGAAAACACCCUAUCAACAAUGUCUAGUUUGGGUACUCUGGGAUUCAUGCCACCAGAAUUCAUAACCAAGCAAAUAAUCUCGAAAGAGUUUGAUAUUUUUAGCUUGGGUGUUAUAAUCAAAAGGAUAGUGGUUUGUGGACUAAAUGACUAUAUGAGCAUCGCUGACAUGGAGGACCAGGCUUUUAUUGAGCAUGUACAUGACUCCUGGAAGAAGUUGCAGGAGACAUCGAGUUAUGCAUCACUUGAUGUAGAUUGCAAACAAGUGCGGACUUGUAUUCAAAUUGCAGUUGUCUGCAUGGAAACAGAUAGAUACAAAAGACCUAAAAUGAAGGAUAUCAUUUGUGAACUGAACGAGGUAGAGACUAGGGAAGAUGGCUCAAGGUCUCAGAUAGAGCAGAUUCACAAGGAACAAUCCAUCCUUCCCAAGGAAGAUAUCCCAAAGAGGCGUUUUCCAGAUAUUCGCCCUGAUGCUGGCCACCUUCAAAGUACACUACCGAUGGAAGUAUCAUCCAGUUUCUUGAGGGCAAUUACAGAUGGAUUCUCUUCCGAUCGAAAGAUUGGCAGAGGUGCAUUUGGAACAUUUUAUAAGGGUUUUCUGUCAGAUGGGACAAUAAUUGCUGUGAAGAAGAUCUGGGAAAGUUCUCCAGUGGAGCCUUACAAACAAUUUCAGAACGAGGCUGGGAAUAUUAUUGGAAUCAAACAUGAUAAUAUAGUGAAAUUGCUUAGCUUCUGCCAUGAAGAACAGAAAAAAGUGGUGUUGAAUAACGGAAGAUAUAUUGUUGCAGACAUAGUUGAAUGUUUCCUCUGCUACGAAUAUGUACCAAAUGGAAGCCUUGACGACCAUAUUUUUGGUCAAUCAAGAGUUGACUGGGCGACAUGCUUCAGGAUAAUUAAGGGGAUUUGCCAAGGUAUACAUUUCCUUCACAAUGAAAUGGAUAGGCGUGUUCUUCAUAUGAAUCUUAAGCCUAGCACCAUAUUGUUGGAUGCCGAUAUGGUGCCCAAAAUUACGGAGUUUUGUAUCUCAAAAGUGUUUGGUAAAGAACAAACAGUGAUGGUCACAGGGAAUAUUGUGGGAGCAGUAGGAUAUAUGGCUCCAGAAUAUUUAUAUAGAGGUGAAAUCUCAAUGCAGUCAGACAUAUAUAGUUUAGGCCUUAUAAUCCUUGAAAUAGCAACAGGGGAGAAGAAUCAACCCGACAAUGAUGACGCAUGUGGGAUGAACUUCAUUGCUCAUAUACGUAAAGUUUGGACAGAUGAAUACAUUUUGUGGAAGUACGAUUUAGAUGCAGCUAGCUUCCAGGAAGUGAAAAUAUGCAUUGAAACUGGGCUACGCUGUGUUGAGCUUCAGCGGAGGAAUAGACCGCUUGUAGCGGACAUUCUUGACAAGCUCAAUGGCCGUGAAAAAAACCCAGAAAACAAGCUUGAUGACUGUCAAAAAAAGAAAGGAAAAAAACUCGAUGACUGAAGAAAAGAAAGAAAACAAGCUGGAUAAUUGUCCAGGGACGGAUCCAAGUAGACCCCUUCUAGCGGGCAUUCUUGACAAACUCAAAUUUUACUCUUGGCGCUUUGGAAGAAGGUAGUCUCCGUGCUACAGUUAUCUGCCCCCAUACAAAGUUUGCUGUCUUGUGCCGGGUUUCUCACUGGUGUUACUGAAUCAGAUUGGUAAACAUGGAGUGUCGAAAGGACCUUUUGAUUUAUUGAAAAGUAUCCUGGAGAGGAGCGGAGAACGGCAAGGCGUUGGCAUUCUUCCACUAAUGCUAUACUUUCCCUGUUUUAAUCAGUUGGGGUUCAGCGCUCCAAGCAUGCUGUGGCCGUGUUCGUGUGUAUGUUAGGCCCCAGCUAAACAUUAUAUUGUCGUUCAACCAUCCUCAUACUCAUAGGCUUUACUGCAUAACCAACAACAGGGAAGCAAUUCCCCGACGAGCUGCUCCACAUUGUGUGGUGUUUUUGGCAGAGCUUGUAUCCGAAGAACUUGAGAAGAGUUGGUACCAGACCUGCCCAAGUCUUGCUGCAACACUAACUGUCUCUUCUCAAAACUACUACCACUGCAUUUGCUAGUAAACCAAGCAAAAAAAAAGAUACUUUGUUUGGAACGUAGGGACUCAACUGAAGGACCCGGAUUUUUGGCUCAUAGGUGCAAAGUAUCCCAACGUUAGAGCCACUCGUUUUUGGUGACGUGUCCAAAGCAUUGAAUGCUCAACGAUUUCAGUACGAACGAAGAACGAAAAGUAAAACCUGUGGUUGGAUGGUUAGAAGGGCAGUGGCACUUCCAGCCCACCAGAGUUCAAAUCCCAGAUUUGACACUUUGGUGUCUCAUAAAGGUGGAAUAUUCUUCAGUGGGAGGCGACGUUCCCGUCGACAGCGAGACGCCUGUGGUGACUUCGUCAAUCUCAAGACCCGCCGAAUCAGUUCUUCAACGCAGUCUCUUGGAGGUGCUCAUAGGGGUAGGGUGUGCGUGUGUGCGUUCAUAGGGGUGAGUGUGUGCGCGUAUGUAUGAGCGUCUUUGAUUGUAC